AUGGUAUCCAUUCGAAAAGCCAAGAAAGGGUUUCAGCUACGAAAACGAGCUGGAGGAAGCAACAACACUGAUUCUAAUGCCGUUCAAGAUUGCAUGGAUUCCGUCAAACAGAGACUCGAAGAUCGAGAAAAGGCUGGAAUGGUCAUUAUUGGCAUGACCUUGAUGACCAUGUUUUUACUCCUGGCAAUUCUGUUUCGAUCCGAUUCUCAAUUGCAAAAGAGUCUGGACGAGAAGACCUUGUUUUCCAAACUCCGUCGGACCAAGGCGCAUCCUCAAUUACAAGAUAACAAGGCCAAGAAACCCAUGAAGGACACUAUGAAUGCAGUGGCAUUGGAUAUUUAUCAAGUCUUGGAUUGUGAGAAAUUCUUUAAUGAAACCUUGGCAGAAAUGAAGGGCGACGACGAGAAAGCCUUGAAAGGAAACGAUCGAAGACUGCAAGAAGUAGAAGAUGAACAACACGGAGAUGACAACACCUUUGAUGUUGGAGGAGAGCUUGCAAAUGAAAACGAGGAGGAGGAGGAUGCGGCAGAUGAUAAGUAUGCUGGACAGGCCAACCGAGCUGGAUUGGGAGAUGGCCCUGGUGACAGUCCCAUGGACGACGACUUUGGUGGCGGGAUGGGUGGAGAAGUAGACUUUGAUGCUGUGGCCAUGAAUGCAAGGCAUUUAUUUUGUUUGGCAGCUUCCCCAGAUCCACCGGCCAAGAUUGUAAAGGAAAUCAAAUGUGACGCUUCGGAAACCAAACGAUCCACCUUAUUGAAACUAUGGUCGUCCGCGCGGGCCCAAGGAAUGAAUCCUGAUACUCUCAAGGAAGUCUUGGAGGUGACCGAGGAGCGUAUCGGAGAAAUCAUUCAGAGUCAAUCUUACAAUAUUUGGUCGCCCAGAAACGACGAUGGAACUCAAUUUGUGAUUAAUCAACUGAAUUCCGAUCGAAAUGUCGACAAUGGUGGUAUUUUGGGUCUCUCGGAAUCUCUCGGAGAAGGCAAACUCUUUGUCGAUGUGGGCAGUUGUUUGGGGCUCACGACCUUGGCUGUCACCAACAAGUAUCCUGGUACACAAGUCGUCAGUAUUGAGCCAGCGUCCCCCAAUUGGUUGAUUCAAGAAAUGAAUUUGCGGUGCAAUUUGGACGAUGAUACCUUUCAGCACAAAAUCAAGGUGGUAUUGGCAGGAGUAGGGCCCAAUGACAGUGACGAAGACAACAUGAUGGCCAAAUUGCUAUGGCGAUCUUCCUCGACCACUUCGGCUCGGGCUUGGACUCCGGAAAAUGAAACAGCGGACAUUGCUGAAAGCAAGGACAUUGAAUUGGUGGUUCGAUUACGUAAACUGAAAUCUGUCUUGGCGGAAGCCGAAGUGUAUGGACCACAUACUAUCGACGUGUUGAAUGUGGACUGCAGUGGUUGCGAAUACAAUUUAAUUCCAGCUUUGUCCGAAAAGGAAUUUGAAGCCAUUCCGACCAUUAUGGGUGGUGUCCACUGGGGCUACAUUCCUACUUCCAAAUUGCCUUCAUCCGAACGUGCUAAACUGACCCAUCAACGACUAUGCUCACAUGAGAAUGUCGCCCAUCGCACCAAGGAGUGCUGCGCUUUUCCAGACAUGCCCGUCCAAUCUAGUGUCCCAGGUGAAGUCUUGGUCAAGGAUGAAAGUAAGAGUGGGAAGGAUCGUCUCCAAAGCCAAUCGACUGUCAUGGAUGUAGUCAUCGAUGGCUUAUGUGAUAAUUUUGACAAAUGGGCAGAAGAGCAUCACUUGUAUACGGUGCCUGACGAUUGGGGAUGGUUCGAACUGACUAGUCGAGCAGCAGUCUAA